AUGGCGGCUCAAUCGGAGGACGAAAUGGUGUUCUUGGAAACGGCCAUAGUGUAUAUUUUGGACGAUUAUGGAAGGCAGCACGAGGCAAGAGCACUGCUUGAUUCGGGCUCGAUGUCUAACUUUGUUUCGGAAGCUCUGGCUAGGAAACUAAUGACCACCCGCACCAAGGUGAAUGUUUCCGUUUCUGGCAUCGGAAAAGCUAUUCAACAUGUAAGGGGAUCGAUCACGGCAACCGUUCGAUCCAAAAGUCAACACUUCGCCACUCAGUUGGAACUACUUGUAUUGGAAACACCGUCAUCGGACAUACCAACUUCACCAAUCGAUGUAUCAUCCUGGGACAUGACGAAUGUGACACUAGCGGAUCCCACGUAUCACAUUCCUGGCAGGAUUGAUGUCGUCAUAGGUGGUGACGCUUUCUGGGAGCUACACACUGGGCACAAGCGUUCAUUAGGCCCUGGUAGACCAUGGCUAGUGGAGACGCAUUUUGGAUGGGCUGUAGCAGGAAAUACAUCGCAGUCAUCACACACAUCUCGUAUAUGUCAUAUGGCAACGAACGAGCAACCAUUGGAAGCAAUAAUGACACGGUUUUGGGAAAACGAGACCAUACCGGAUGAUCCUGUUUAUUCGGUGGAAGAGGACAGCUGCGAGAAACAUUACGUAUCUACUACAACUCGUAAUGCAUCGGGGAGGUAUGUUGUUUGCUUGCCUAUUAAUCCUAUUCCGAGUAUCGUUUUAGGAUCCUCGAGAGAGAUCGCAAAACGCAGGUUCCUUGCAGUAGAACGACGUUUGGAAGCCAACCCUCAGAUGAAGGGACCAAAUUCUGCGUUUAUGAAGGAAUACGAGAAAUUGGGGCAUAUGAAGAAAAUGCCUAAUCCUGUUGAUGAUGAUUGCCCUCACUACUACCUUCCUCACCACGCAGUUUUGAAAGAGAAGAGUACCAGCACAAAGGUUCGAGUUGUGUUCGAUGCGUCGUGCAAGACCUCUACCGGUGUCUCUUUAAACGACAAGCUUCUUGUUGGUCCCGUUAUCCAGCAAGAUCUUUUCACCAUCAUGCUGCGCUUUCGAUCUCACGCAAUUGCUAUCACCGCGGACGUCGAAAAAAUGUACCGGCAAAUCCUCCACGAAAGUCGAGAUAGAAACUUUCUGCGCAUUCUGUAUCGAGAGAACCCGAAUGAUCCUAUAGAUACCUAUGAACUACAGACGGUCACUUAUGGCACUGCUUCAGCUCCGUUUUUGGCGACUAGGACGUUGCGGCAGAUCGCACAAGAUCAUCAGGACGAGUACCCACGGGCAGCGAACUCGGUAAUGAAUGAUUUUUACAUGGAUGAUCUCUUGUCCGGGGCAGAAGAUCUAUCAGAUGCCAUCAAGAUUCAAAGGGAAAUCUCCGCAAUGUUACGUUCGGCGGGAUUCGUGUUGAAAAAAUGGGCAUCAAAUAAUCGAGCGGCACUGACAAGUGUCCCACAGGAGGAUCUAGCGACACUACUUACUCAUGAAUGGCAAGAUACUCUAGCAGUCUCAGCAUUGGGUAUCACCUGGGAGCCAAUAAGUGAUACAUUUCGGUGCAGAGUUGAGUUACCACCAGUACCAGAUGUCCUUACAAAAAGGAUCACGUGUUCAUGUAUUGCUAAGCUUUUUGACCCACUCGGGCUGAUAGGACCAGCCAUUCUCAUCGGAAAAUUGUUUAUGCAACAAUUAUGGGCACUAAAGCACGACGAUUCGGAAGGUGUUCUUCCUGUGGCCGAACAAAGCAUCGAUGAUUCAUCGUCGUUGGAAGAUUUAACAUCCAUGGAUUAUUUACCAAUUGAAGAAGAGCAGGAACUGCAAAUUCUCGAGGAUGACGAGGAUAGUGAUGUUUCAGACUUCAUCAUAACGGAUACCGAUGAGGAUGAAGAUGAAUCGGACCCAGUUGUUGAGGAUGAUAGUACCCUAACUCAUAAUGCGUUCUCUAAGCGUUUGAGAUUCGCGAAACUACGGAUAUUCAUCUGCCAAUUGAUUCCCGAACUUUUUUGA